AUGACAAACAACAGCGGCCACAAUGACACUGCCGCUGCUGCUACUACUGAAAGAAGAUGGUUAACGGCGACUGCGGCGUGGGUGUUGAUUGAUCUGAUCGCCCUUGGGGAAGCACUGUCCAUUAACCUUCAGUUCGCCACAACCAAAGGCAGCAUCAUGACAUGCACCGAAAUGAGUAUCAACACAAUUCAUUUCGCGACCUUCAGGCCCAAACCUUUUCUCUUUGAUCCUAUCUUUGUUGCACAAGGGAGCAUGGCAGAACUUGCACACAUGGAUGUCCAGCAUUGGAUGGGGUUUCCCUUGUUGUCGAGAUAG